CCCACAUACCCCUCACCCGACAUGUCUGUCGCUGUCGAAGAGCCAGCGCGGGCGAUACCCAUUACGCAGGACACCGAGGAUGCGCCGCCGUCCGUCGCUGACGUCGAGCAAACUCUCACGCAUGCUGUCGAGGAGAUCCGCAAGCAAGCGUUUGCCACCGACGCGCCUGUCUCUCUUGCUGAGAACGCGUCUGCCGACGCAGCAGCCGAGGACGAUAGCGCGUCGGAGGAUUUGACUGCAGCGACGCAGGACGCGUCGUCUGACCCAAUUGACGAGACCAGCGCCUCGACAGAGGAGGAGGCCACAGAGGCCGCUGCUGACGAGGACAAAGCCGAGAGCGAGGCGGCCCCCGCUGUGGCCGAGUCCACUGACCCUGUAGUUGAGGAGAGCGCUCCCCUAGUCGAGGCACACGAUACCGCGCCUGUCGUUGAUACCGACGCGGUGCCUGAAGACCACGCUGCCCCCAUCGUUGAAGCCAGCGAAGAGCCCUCCGCGCCCGCGGCCGAAGAGCCUUAUCUCACCGAGACCGGCGAGACCACCGAAGAGGUUCCCGAAGUCGCCGCGGCUCCCGAAGAGACUUUGGAAGAGACUCCUGCUUCUGCAGCCACCACAACUGUCACAGAGGACACCCCUGCUCCCGUGAAGGAGACUGAGGCGGUCCCCGAAGAGGCCGCGACCCCUGCUGAGGAAGCUCCCGCCAGCGAGCCUGUGGCCGUGGACGAUGUCCCGGCCGCUGAGGAGCCGACGAUCUCGGAGGAGCCCGCUGCUUCUACCGAGGAACCUACGCUCGUUGAAGAGGAGACUGCGCCCCAUGCGGAUGCGCCCGCCGCUAUCGAAGAUACCCCCGCUCCUGCUCAAGAGGCACCCGCUGCCAUCGAAGAGCCCGUCACGGCUACUACUGUUGAGGAUGUUCCUGCAGUAGAGGACUCCCCUGUAGUGGAGGACGCACCCGCGCCUUCCGAAGAGAUCCUCUCUGCGGAGACCGAUGCUGACGCGACUGCUGUCGAAGAGCCCGCGACUGUGGCGGAUGAGCCCGCUCCCACAGAGCCGGCUGCCGCUACCGAGGAGGUCCCCGAAGAGGCAAUUGAGGAAGUCGCCGUGCCUACUGUGACCGAGGCUGAGGAGCCUUCUGCGCUUGCCGACGCUCCGGUCGCUGAGUCGGAAGCGCCUGCCCCCGAGGUCGAGGCCGUUCCCGAACCUACCGUGGAGGAAGAGAAGCCCGAAGUAGCCGAGGAGCAUGCUGUCGUGACGGAGGAGGCCGAGGCUGUUAUACCCGAGGCGGUUGCUGUCGAGGAUACGCCUGCAGAGGAACACGUUGAACCCGAGGCAGAGACAGAAGCUGAAUCCGUACCUGCCGUGGAGGAGACUCCCGCUGAGGAAGAGGUUGCUGCGCUCGCGACGGAGACCUCUGCGGAGGACGUUCCGGUCUCCGAGCCCAGUGUGGUUGAAGAGGUUGCCGCUGUGGAGGACGUUCCUGUCCCCGCCGCUGAAGAGCCGGUACCCGAGGAGCCCAUCGCUGAAGAGUCGGUACCGGAGGAGCCUGUCCUCGAGUCCACCCUGGGGGAGUCGCUUCCUGAGGAGUCCAUCGUCGAGGAGUCUGCUCCGGAGGAGCCUACUGCCCCCGUGGACGAGGUCGCUACCGAGGUCGAGACAACUGUCGCGCCCGUGGACGUUCCCCCGCCCGUUUUCGCGGAGGAAGUCCCCGCCAUCGAGCAGGUCGAAGAAGCGAUUCCAGAACCUGAACAGGCGUCCACUGAGGAGCCGGUCAAGGAGGCCGUCGCGGAGGUCGCAGAGGUCGAAGAAGAGACCUCGUCAGCUGCGGAGCCUGCUGUUGAAGUCGUCGCAGACAGCGUGCCCGCCGAAGAGUCCACCCACGUGGAGGAGACGCCUGCAGUCCAGGAAGAGGAAGUCACCCCCGCCGAGGCAGCGGUAGAGCCCGAAGCGAAAGCGCAAGAAGCUGAACCCGCUGUCAGCGAGGAGCCUGCUGCCCCCACGGAGGAGCCCAUCGCUGAGGAGGCCGUCCCGGUGGUCGAGGAGACUCCUGCUGUAGAGGAGACAUUUGCUGCUGAGGAGACCGUGGAUGCCACGCCUGAGGUAGUUGCCGUCGAGGAGGCAGCGGUCGUCGAAGAGACACCUGCCGUGGAGGAGACGCCCGUCGUGGAGGAGGUCCCCAUUGUCGAGGAGGCUGUAGAGGCUACGCCUGAGGCACCCGCUGCUGAGGAAUCCGCUGCUGCUGUUGAGGAGGCCGCUGCUGCUAUCGAUGAGACUCCCGUGGCGGUCGAAGAACCUGCUGAGGAACCCCCCGCAGUAGUCAAAGAGACUCCCGCGGCCAUUGAGGAGACUCCCGCCGUCGUUGAGGAGACGCCCGCCGUCAUUGAGGAGACUCCCGCUCCCGUCGAGACUCCCCUCGAAGAGAGCGAAGCCGUACCCGUUGUGGAGGAGCCAGCAGCUGAAGAGCCCGCCCUGGCGGAUACCCCCGAGGACGCUCCCGUGGAAGAGACGCCAGCUGUCGAAGAGGAGGUUGUCCCGCCUGUUGAGACUGUCGUCUUGGAGGAAGCCGCGGAGCCGGAGCAGCCCUCAGUCGUUGCUGAGGAGGUUGUCGAUACCACCGCCCCGGUUGAGGCGGACGUUCCCGUUGCUGCAGAUGUGUUUGUUGCUACUGAGGCUCCCGCCGUCGAGGAGGUCGAGCCCGAAGUUCCGAUCGUGGAGGAAGCCGAGGUCACUGAAGCAGCUGACGAAGUUGUCGAGAGCGAGACCGCCGUAGGGGCACCCGCUGUCGAGGAGGCGCCUGCUGUCGAGGAGGUUCCCGUGGAGGAGGCGACGCCUGCUGUUGAGGAAGUAUCUGUAGAGCCGGAGACGGUUGCUGCCGUGGAAGAGACUCCUGCUGAGGAGGCUGCGGCUGCGGUUCUCGCAGAGGAGGCACCUGAAGAAGAGACCAGCAUCCCGGUGGUCUCCAUUGACGCCCCCGAAGACGAGCCCGAGCAGCACGAGCAGCAACCCUCGGAAGAAGUCACUACUUCCAGGAGCCCGUCCCCGUCACUCCAGGACCGCCCGAAGUCCCCCUGGACGCCUUCGUACAGCGUCACCACCCAAGGCCCCGGCUCCAACGCCGCCGAGGAGGAGGAAGAGAUCGCCGAGCUCGAGCAGCUCCCGCCCUCCGCCGAGGAGGAGCGGGCUCCUACGCCGACCGUCGAGGUUACCGCAGAGCCGUCUGAAGAGACCGACGAGCCUUCCGUCCCUGAGCCAGAUGCUGGCCGCUCGCCGUCCCCGUCCUGGGUACCGUCGUAUUCGGUCAGCGCACAGGGCGCGAGUCCUAUCCACUCCCCGAGGGUUGAGACUGCAGAGCUUCCCGAGGUGCCCGUCCAAGAGGCCGAGCCUGUCCCCAGUGCAGAGCCCGAGGCAGCCGCUGUGGAAGAAACUGCCCCCAUUGACCCCGUUCCCGAGGUGGUUGUUGCACCCACGGAAGAGCCCGCAGAAGAACCAGAACAGGCCGUAGAGGCGAUCGUCGAGCCCGAAGUAGCCGAAGAGGUCGAGUCCGAGGCCGAGCAAUCCGUUGAAGACGUCGCUGCUGAGGAAGAGGUCGCCGACGAGGCUCCCACUCCGGAGGUCCUCAUCACUACGACCGAGGACCUCCCCGCCUCUGAGGCGCCUGCGGAAGAGGAGGCCACGAAGUCGUCUCCUUGGAUUCCUUCGUACUCUGUCAGCUCUCAGGGCUCCAGCCCUCUCCACACGCCUCAGGAGACCGCUACCGAUGCUGACGUCGCCGAGAUCGAGUCUCUGCCUGCAGCUGUGGAGGUUCCUGCUCCCGAGGAGUCCUCUGCCCCAGCGGCCGAGCCAGAGUCUGUUGCUGUCGAGGAACCCGCCGUGAUUGUGGAGUCCGCUCCGGUUGAUGAGCCUGUCGCCCCUGCUCCUGCUGAGGAAGCCGAGCCUGCCACCGAGACCCCCAUUAUCGUCACAGAUGAAGCUGACGAAGCUGUCGUGCCCUCGACGCCUCCCACUGUUCCCGUCGGCAACGAGAGGCCGAAGUCCCCUUGGACUCCUUCAUACUCCGUCUCACAGCAAGGCGGUAGCCCUCUCCACAGUCCUAGCCCAGUUCACAAGGAGCUUCAGGAACUGGAGGUGCUGCCACCUCCCGUUCAGGAGUUCGCCGUUGCCGAAUCUGCUCCCGCUGAGCAACCCGAGAUCCGCAUCGACGAGACUCCGGCGCCGGUUUCCGAGCAGGAUGACAGCGCUCCAGCGGUUGAGCAGCCGCCUUCGCGUCCUUGGACUCCUUCGUACUCUGUCACGAGGCAAGGCUCUGUAUCUGAUGCCGGAAAGGAUGACGUCGAAGAGACUCCUGCGGUCGCUACCGAGGAACCCACCGCCAACGGCACUCCCGGCAGCGAGAAGACUGUCGAACCCGCUGCGGAGACCGCCACUGAAGCCGCCACGAACGGCAACAGUCUUGCACCCUUCCCGACGUCGGACGAGGAGAAGAAGAUGUCUGCCAAGCCCAGCCUCACUCGUCUCGCACCCGUCGAUGAGAACACGCAGAUCAACAUCGAAGAGGCGUCCCCCGCUCCCGCGGAUGCCCCUCCCCCUAGUGCGCGUGCACGGCACGAGUCCACGACGUCUUCCCGCUACUUUCCGGGUGGCUGGUUCUCCAGCAACACGGUCAAAACACCGGAAGAAGGGCGGACUUCCCUGGACCACGCCUCGGGCGAGUUCACCAAGAACCCUGCGGACUCGCCUUUGACGCCUGCACUGGAGGCCCCUGCGAAUACCCCCAUCGACGGCGACGUCGAGGACAAGCACAAGAAGGGCAAGUGGUGCGUGAUAAUGUAAAGUGGGGUCCGCGGGCGUCAGCAUUGCUCUUUUUUCACGAAUGUAACGAAUUUAUGACCUUCAUAUCUGCUGUUGAAUAUGCACCUUUACAUACAUCGCUUCGGUAUAAUCACCGCUCACCAUCAUUCCAACUAGUUCACCUUGCUGUGACUACGGUUCGCGUACAUCUUACAGAUCAAUGCAUAGCUUGGGUUACCCCGUCGUUCCUUCU